UCCUCGGCAAACUUGACCAAAAGAACCCGGUAACUCGCAACAGCAGCAACGGGAACAGUGAAAAAGUUGAGUAACGGCAGACAGCUUAAGUGAGCUGUAAAAGUCAAGGAUGGAUGAUUUGAAGAGAGGGUACCUUCGCCUUUGCAAAGAGAGUAACAUUGAACCGCAAGAGUCUGUUCUGAACCAGAUGCAUAAUGUUCGAGAUGGGAGCCCGAUGCCCAGGCUGGAUCUCGCCACGCAAUCUCUCUCCGUCGACACGUGUGCUGUGCUGGGGAAGGUUUUACUGAAUGACGGGGUAUUCACCGAGAUCAUGCUUUGCGACUGCAUGCUGAACGAGGAAGGUGCCAAACUAUUGCUACGUGGACUGUGCUCCAACUCCACUGUUAAAACCUUAGACAUAAAGGGUAAUAACUUGCGAGCAGCUGGAGCUGAGGCACUGGGAAAACUGCUGAGACACAACAAAUCUCUCAAGAGUUUGAUAUUGGAGUGGAACGCUCUUGGAAUGUGGGAAGAAGGAUUCUCCAUAUUCUGCGAGGGAGUGAGAGCCAAUAAAGUCCUUCAGCGUCUCGAUCUGCGUAAUAACCAGAUCAACCACCAGGGGGCAGGAGAACUAGCGUUGGCCUUGAAGAACAAUGAUACUUUGGAGGAACUUGACCUUCGCUGGAACAACAUUGGCCUGUUAGGUGGACGGGCAUUACUGAGUGCACUACAGCAAAACAAGUCCCUUGUGCGUCUGGAGCUGGCUGGCAACAACAUCCCCAGUGACAUCUUGAAAGCCGUGGACCAGGCAGUCGAUCAUAAUUCAGACAGACAGGCAACGCUCAAAGAGAACAGGUGCAGGACCAAGAUCCUCAGCAAUGAGGUCCAUUUUCUGAAGACAGAAAAGAACAAGCAGUACUUGGAAAUGAUGGAUGCAAUUGAUCAGCAAAAGGAUGAACUGACAAGAAGCAACAGGACUUCUGCAAUGCGUGUUGGACAGUUGCAGGAAGCCUUGAAUGAGAGGACCUCUAUUGUUAACUCUUUGCGAGCAAAAGUGCAGAUGACAGAGGCUGCUUUAACACUAUCGGAGCAAAAAUCAAAUGACCUGAAGGAGUUUCUGAACAAGAUGAAAGCGGAGAAAUUUGAGUUGAAAGAAAGGCACACAAAGGACCUCAAGAAAGAACAAGAGGAAAUGGCUCUUCGAGAAGCAAAGCUGAUCAAGGAGCUGAACACAGCGAACGAGAAAAACCUACAACUGAAAAGCAAAGUGGAUGAGCUGGAGCGAAAGUGUAAGGUCCAACAAGAUCAGAUCUUUGAGCUGAAACAGGAGAUGACCAUUGUAACUGCUGAGCUGAAGAUGAGAAUAGCACAGACCGAGGAACGCAUAGAGAUGGAGAAGAAGAGGUCCAAACAAGUACUGGAUGAUGCAAUGGCCCUGCGUCAGAAAGAGGUGGAUCGCAUGAACCGUCAGAUGGAAGAAAGUGAGUGGUUAAUGCAGGACAGAAAUCAGAAGCUUGAGAGCAUUCGAACUCAGCUGGAAGAGGAGCUAAGCCGAGUAAAGUCAGUAUCUAUAACUGAGCGAGCCAAAGCUGAGGAGGAGCUUAUGAAAGUGAGAAGCCAAGUGCGAUUGGAAGAGCAACAGAGAUUGAGCCACCUGGAAGAGAAGCUUCGCCUCCUCACUCAAUCCCGUGAUGAGUCUCAGAAUCAUUGUACUCAACAGAAACAAACCAUCAGCGAGUUACAAGCAAAGAACAACAAGUUAACGUUUGAGGUCGAAGGCUUGAAGCAUCGUAUCGACGAAUUAUUUCAGGAGAUGUCUGGCAAGGAUCAGGAGAAGGUCACUGAGGUGAAUAAGGUACGAGUGGAACUUCAGGAACAAAUUGGCCAUUUGCAAGCAGAGAGAGCAACCCAGGAAGGGUUCAAGGAGAAAAUUUCCACCUUGGAGAGGCAGCUAAAGGCUCAGUCAAACAGCCACCGAGACGCCCUGCUGGACAAAGAGAGCGAAUUAGCUUCGCUGCUGGAAAAAAUCCGCCUAAAAGAUUCCGAGAUUGUGCGAAUGCGAGAGGAUGAGGCCCAGCGAGCCAGCUUCCUGCAGAACGCCAUCCUUUCUUACGUACAGGGAUCCCCUCUCGGCCUCCUCACGCCAAAGAAGUGAAAUUCACAGGCAGACUGUCUGAAAUGCGGAGGCUUUGCUCAAGCGAAAGAGCUGUACAGGCUGUAUCCAAAAUCAGUUUGACAAAGUGGUUCAUUCUGUCGUUAAAGCUGAGGUGAAAAUGAGGGCAGGGAGACAAAAUACAAAGCCAUUCGGAUCGGUGCUUAUAGACCAGACUACAGGAAAAGAUGCACAUCCUCAAAUUAUACUCAAGAUUGGUGCCCUUUGAUGUAUUUUGUGCACAGAGGAGCUCCUAACGGGAAUAUUCAAGAGAAAAACUGACAUUUUAGUGGGGGGUUAAAAGCUAAAACAAAUCACAUUCGCUGUUUUAACUUCGGUCAACUCAAUGCCAGGAUUAAUUUCAUAAAAUGCAGUGGAAUGAGAGGUAUGGAUUAUUGGAAACGAUAUUAUGGAUGAUUUUAACCGUUCCAUCGGGUUGACCCUUGUCUGACCACACAAAAGACAUUGUGGACAUUGGUUGAGAACCAUCAAUACGUUUCACGUCCAACCCUGGGUGCUUCUGUGUGUCACGCUCCAGAAGAGGGAGAAGAAUCAAAAGGUGCUGAUAGUGUCGCUGACCAAUAGUUGAGCACAGUCAGUGAAUUGAUGAACCUGCGUUCCUUGUUCCUUAUUGGCAAACUCAGCAUUUCUGUGGUUGUUUCUGGGAGCGCAGGUUGUAGGGAUCAGGGGGAGGGAAAAAAUUACAAAUGUUUUGAACUCCAGAAAGCGAAACUUUUUUUAAAAAAUUGACCACGCCCAUUAAUGCACUCGAUUUCAGUAACGUAGGCAGGAUGGUGUGAACAGCAUCUUAUCUCCACAGUGUUUCCUUUUCCCGAUACAGUAUGUGUGUGUGUUUGUACGUGUGUUUGUGUGUGUGUAUAUACACGUGUGCACGCACACGCACUCUGAAGUUAACUACAACCUCACAUCGCCAGUGUCGACAAGUGUUCCAUUUACUUUGAUGUUUGCAACGUGGCUAACCAGGAUCAAAUGGAGCUAAAAAUAUCCCAGCUACAGUCAGCUAUUUUCAGACCACCUAUUUGUGUGGGCACAAAUUUUAAGUGUUUUAAAAGAGCAAUAUGUCAACAUUUUCACAUUAGCCGUGUGUGUGUGUGUUUUUUUACAUAAAGAAAGGAUGGGCUUUUUAACUGUUUAAAGUUGCUAUGAAAUAAUCUUCUUGCAUGUGGUAUGAUGGUAUUUAGUCAUAUCUUGGUAUGAUGUAUAAGUGAGUUAUUAAUUUGAUAUCCUGAUAUUUCCACAAUGUCUUUUGUGUGGUCAGACAAGGCUCAAACUUGGCUUAAAGUCAAAUAAUCUGCUGACUGUCACCCGUAGAUAAAGGUAAAGAGCAAGACACUUGGAUUUUGCUGGACCUCGUGGCACAAAUUCCUUUAUUGGGUAUCGCCAUCAGAGAAGAGCAUAUCAAAGCAAAUAAGUUGGGGAAAGUAAACCACGUGCCUUAAAGAGUGCAUCGCACUUCAAAAGAACAGCACCAAUACCGCUAAAAGUCUAACGUGCAAUAUUCCAGCAAGCUACCAAACUGUGAGGAAUUAAUAAGGAUUAUUAUGAUUAUUAUAAUUUUCCCUUGGAGUGAAACCGUGCGGGGAUGAGGUGGCGUUUUGCUGUCUCCCGGAGUUUUUCUCACAAGUUCAGGAAUUGUACGUUUUACAGACUUCACCGGGAAUCGCAAUUGGCUCUUUCCCAACCCUUUGACCGAUAUCGCAAAUUAAAAUCUUCCGAGAUUAAACAAAUUGCAUUACUCAAUUUAAAAACCUUA